CUAACCUUCCAUAAGCUGGAAAAUCCUUGUGUUAUUUGUGCGUAACAAUAAGAGAGAUGGGAGAACAAGCACAGAAAACUCUUCGCUUGGUUCUAGUCCCCUUUCCAUAUCAGGGCCAUAUUAGUCCAAUGCUUCAGCUUGGCGCGGCUCUUCACUCCAAGGGCUUCUCCAUAACAAUUGCUCACACCAUUUGCAACUCUCCAAAUUCCCAAAACCACCCUAAUUUCAGCUUCCUUCGCUUAUCGGACGGCUUAUCCGACACUGAUAUUGAAUCUCGCGGAUUAGCCGCUAACUUACUGGCCAUUAAUGACAAUUGCAAAGAGAGCUUUCAAUGGUCCUUGGAACAACUGAUCAUGGAAGACAGAAAGACGAUCAGCUGCGUAAUAUCUGAUGAAUUGAUGUACUUUGCUGAAGAUGUUGCUAACAAUCUCAAGAUUCUGAGCAUAAUCUUGCGCACAACUAGUGCCAUCACUUCCUUGGCUCGCUCUUUCCUUCUUAAACUUGUGGAGGGAGGUCAUGUUCCCUUGCAAGGUUUUGCCUCAGACGAACUUGUGGCGAGACUUCCUCUCCUCAGGUUCAAAGAUCUACCCUGUCCCUUAACCGAAAAUUUCAAGAGUUUUGCAGUGAUAGUUGCCAGGGCAUACAACAAGAGGACGUGUUCAGCCAUCAUAUGGAAUACCAUAAACUGCCUAGAACAAUCAACUCUAGAUCAAAUCCAAAAAGAAUCUCAAGUACGAAUCUUUGCAAUAGGUCCUAUGCACAAAAUAACCCCAUCAAUCUCUAGUAGCCUAAUCAAAGAGGAUAGAAGCUGCAUAUCAUGGCUUGACAAGCAACCCCAUAAUUCAGUUGUUUACGUAAGUAUCUCUGGAAGCAUAGCAUCUCUCUAUGAGAAGGAAGUAACUGAAAUGGCGUGGGGACUAGCCAACAGCAAGCAAGCCUUCUUGUGGGCGAUCCGACCCGGUUCGAUUCGGGGUUCGGAUUGGAUUGAGUUGUUGCCUAAUGGUUUCCAAGAUGCUGUUGGGGAUAAGGGAUGCAUUGUGAGUUGGGCACCCCAGAAGGAAGUCUUGGCGCAUCCAGCAGUGGGAGGGUUUUGGAGCCAUUGUGGUUGGAAUUCAACUCUAGAGAGUCUAGCUCAAGGAGUUCCAAUGAUAUGUAAACCAUGUUUUGGUGAUCAAAGAGUGAAUGCAAGGUAUGCGAGCCAUGUCUGGAAAGUUGGAUUGGAAUUAGAGGAGGUGGAGAGAGGGGAGAUAGCGAGAGUUGUAAGAAGACUGAUUUUGUGUGAGGAAGGGAAGGAGAUUAGGGCCAGAGCCAAGAAGUUGAAGCAGAAAAUUGACGUGUCUACAAGAAAGGGUGGUUCUUCCUAUGACUCCUUGAAUCAGCUAGCGAACUUUAUUUUGUCACUCUAGUUGUGCAAGCAGCGUGUUACAAUGGAAGCUCUUGCUUUCUUUUGUUAUCAUUAUUAUUUUUCAUUAUUUUUAUAAACUUUUGGGAUUGGAAGAUUUAAAUACUAUAUACUUUAUGGUAUCUUAUCAAUGGGUAUGCA